CUACCUCCCGACUCAGCCGCUUACCGCGUUCACCAUCACGGGAAUACUUUCCGCGAAGAAUCGCCAAGUGCCUGCUAUUUAUUCAUCUCCCACACACCAAAAUUGUACAGCAAAUUAGAAGGCCUCGCGGAUUUCUGUGAACAGAAGCCCAGUUCCAAGAUAUCAAAAUGAAGAAAAUGGUGUUACAAGUGACGAUCGAGGACGAGAAAAGCAAGAGAAAAGCCCUCAAGGCGGUUGCGACGGUGGAAGGAGUGGAUUCUGUGGCUGUAGACAUGAAGCAAAAGAAGAUCACUGUGAUUGGGGAAGCAGAUCCUGUGUUUGUCACCUUAAGAUUGAGGAAAUAUGGUUUUUGUUGUGCAGAGUUGAUAAGCGUGGGGCCUCAUAAUGUUUAGAGUUUGGCCAUUCAUGAGAAUGCUAACCCUAAAUUAUCAUUUAGGGCUCUUGUGGCAUGAUCUUUGACCUGUGUUUUCCAAGAAGGGAUCUCGAUGCACCGUUGUCAAAUACUCAUGUAGUAAUGAGAAUGUAAUUGCUAGUGAUGAUAAUGCUAACACCUUCUUAUGAUUAAAGAUUUUUUGGUUUCUGAUGUCACAUUUUUCUGAAAUAUUUGAUUCCCAAUGGAAAGUAAAUUCAUUAUUGCUCAAAUUUAAAACUAUUUUAGAUUUUAUUUUCAGAUUUUUGGGUUUCACAAUGUGACAGGAAAAAAAUAGGUGGUCUAUGAAGUCAUAAUGUUCUGCUCUGCCAAAUUGUUGACUACCUUGAUUGA